AUGUGCACCAGUAGUCAAAUCAUUGGAAGCCUCCUGGUGCUCUCUGUGUUGGAGACAGGACUGGGCUUAUCCAGUGUAGUUGUGGGAGCUGUCACUUUUGCCAGGGUCAGGACUAGGACGGAUCCACCACCACAGCUGGGAGACUUUUCUCCGUUUCUCAUUUGUGGAGUCUGUGGAGUCUUCUGCGCCAAAAAGAAAUCUGGACUCAUAAUGAUUCUUUUCUCUGCCUGCUGCAUAUGUGGACUCAUCGGAGGCAUCCUAAACAUCCAAUUUCUACGUGCCCUCACCAAAAGAUCCUCAUUGCACCUUGCCUCGUUGUCCCUUGCAUGUAUUGGCAUCAGCGUCUGCACUAUAUCUACAUGGCUUACCUGUCGCCUAGCCAGUUAUGAGCAAAGGAGGAUGUUUUUAGAAAGGGAACACUCGCUUCAUCACUCUCAUGAAAUGACAGAAAAGGAGACCAUUGAAAACAUUAGCAAUGGAGGAGCACAGCUUGUUUUUAAUGGACGUGUUUAA